ACAGGAAAGCUGCUGGUUGUGAUGGUGGCUAAGACAAGCCUUCAGCCCGAAGACCCAGGAGGGAAAAAUGAAGCCGACAAGAAGCAUGUUGCCGAGUGAUCUUGGGUUUCCAUCCUCCAUGCCUGUGCAUCCACACGUGGGCCCAGCCAGCAAGGAGAAGUCUAACAGGCAGGAGGAGGGGAGACACAAAGAGCCCCCGCAUUUCAUCUGGAAAAGAGGCCAUUGAAACCAUGCAUUUGUGUUCAAGUAAGAAAGUAUAUCCAAGUCACAAAGAAGCAUCAUUUGGCUUUUGGAGACAUGGGCAGCUUCAUUUCUCAUUUGUUCAAUCAGAACUCUCCGCUAGGCUUCUAAGUGCCACAUCCUGUCCAGAAUGAUGAAAGAUACAGAAAAUGGUGCCUGCUGACCUUCUGGAGUUAUUGACUAGUGAGAAAGUGAUUCCUGACAGAAUCAUCAUUUUUGGUAAACAAACCAAGCCCAGAACCUGAUAAUUGUGAAGCACUCUACACUGACAGUUCUUUGAAACAAAUUUCCUCCUGGCAUUUACACUGUGGCUUUAGCUUUCAAACCGGAGGGUCCUCUUACCCAGCAAAAAAUGGCUCGCCCGAAGAUGAGAUUGAUAUAUAUUUGCCUUCUGGUUCUGGGGGCUCUUUGUUGGUAUUUUAGCAUGUACAAUCUGAAUCCUUUCAAAGAACAGUCCUUUCCUUACAAGAAAGACGACGGGCACUUCCUUAAGCUCCCAGAUACAAACUGCAGUCAGACACCCCCCUUCCUUGUCCUGCUAGUGACCUCAUCCCACAAACAGUUGGCUGAGCGCAUGGCCAUCCGGCAGACGUGGGGGAAAGAGAGAAUGGUGAAGGGAAAGCAGCUGAAGAUGUUCUUCCUCCUGGGGACCACCAGCAGUGCGGCAGAAACAAAAGAGGUGGACCAGGAGAGCCAGCGAUACAAGGACAUUAUCCAGAAGGAUUUCCUAGACGUCUAUUACAAUUUGACCCUGAAGACCAUGAUGGGCAUGGAAUGGGUCCAUCGCUUUUGUCCUCAGGCAGCAUUUGUGAUGAAAACAGACUCAGACAUGUUCAUCAAUGUUGACUAUCUGACCGAACUGCUUCUGAAGAAAAACAGAACAACCAGGUUUUUCACUGGCUUCUUGAAACUCAAUGAGUUUCCCAUCAGGCAACCAUUCAAUAAGUGGUUUGUCAGCAAAUCUGAAUAUCCGUGGGACAGGUACCCACCAUUCUGCUCUGGCACUGCCUAUGCAUUUUCUGGCGACGUGGCGAGUCAGGUGUACAAUGUCUCCAGCAGCGUCCCAUACAUUAAACUGGAAGACGUGUUUGUAGGGCUCUGCCUCGAACGGCUGAACAUCAGAUUGGAGGAGCUCCACUCCCAGCAGACCUUUUUCCCAGAGGGCUUACACUUCUCUGUGUGCCGCUUCAGGAGGAUCGUGGCCUGCCACUUCGUCAAGCCCCAGGCUCUCCUGGACUACUGGCAGGCUCUAGAGAAUUCCCAGGAGAAAGAUUGUCCGCCUGUCUGAGAGGAGCCCAGAGGCACAUCCGGACAAGUUUCAGAUAACCUGUGGGGAUAGUGUUUACAAGAUUUUGGAAGAGGGGGUGGGACAGAGGAUGCCGUUCUUUAGUGCUGAAAUCCACGCCAGAAUGUCGGUGUCCGUGAAGCCACUGAUUAGUUCCCACUUAGUGCUCCAGGCAAUAAUAGGCACCCUGUCUCUUGGGCACACACAGUCUCUAUACUAAGUGUUCGACAUACACCUGGAUUUUCGCAUUUCAGGGGUUAGUAUCCUAUGACACGGUGGGUGUUACCAUCUCAAUUUUACAGGUAAGGAAACAGCAGCUGCGAGAGGUACAGGAACUUGUCCCAAGGCUCACAGCCAGUAGACAUAGGAGCAGGAAUGAAAAUCGAGCACUUUCAGAAUCUGGUGGGCAGCCCCUGACUUGAAUCACUCCCGUGUGCUGCCUCCCUUAGGAGGGGACAGUGAUGAUGAGGUCUCCAAGCCGGCAUCCUUCCGUCCCUAUCCAGAGUCCCCUCCACCUCAGCUCCCAAUCCUUGUGCUUUUUAGAGCUAAGCCUGGGAUGACCAAAUUCACCGCAGCUCCUUCAUUCACGGGGCUGGACGUAGCUGGGACCGAGUCCAUGUUACUGGCUCGGUACUCAACACAACCCAAGUUUCAUCCCAGGAAAUGUCCUCGCCGUGGAUGCAGCUCACAUGCUGAGGAACGGCCAGCUCUGGACAGAGUUCUUAUAAAUGUAUAAAUUAGGCUCAGAAACCACUGCGGUCUGACCUGCUGUACAGGCUGCCCACACUGCUGACCUCACUGGUGAGCAGCAUGUCACUUCUGAGCCAUCUGCUGCUCUCUCGUUUCUUCACCCCAACUGUCCCUUGUUUUCGAUCAAUGGGGACCAGCCACUGCCCCAGGAGCACUUUAGGGCUCUCAGUUCAAACCAAAGGACAGUUGAACUGGGAUGUGUUUCAUGCGGGAUUCUGGGAGCUUUCUGGGAAUUCAGCUGGAGUCAAGUCAAGAUGCUCUCAAGGACCUUUCGGACACAGAGCCCCAAAGUGGGCCCUGGUGAGGCAGGGGUGGGCCUGCGUCCACUUCCCAAGCCUGAGCCAAGCUCAUCUUCACUGAAUUUCUCAUUUGGCCGAGUAACAACUGAACUUCGUGGUUUGGUGUUUAGCCUUCAGUUUAUUCCGCUACCUCCCACCCAGAGGUUUGUGCGAGCCUGUUUUGCAGGGUUGUGUGAAACCAAGGCACUUCUUUGUAAGAGGUUUUGCCCAUUCAGCCACGGUCAUGUGACAUGCAAAGUAAUCUUGCUCCUAAUUAUAGAAAUGAUUUUUUUUUUUUUUUUUUUACUUUACCAGACUUUACUUUGUACUCAGAGAAGAGGCCUCACAUGGCUGUGUCACAUAUAAAUGUUGGACUCAACUC